AUGCUGGAGAGCUCUUCAGUCCUUUUGUUCAUUGUUCUGCUUUUCAUUUUGCUGCUCUUUGUGGUGCUCAUCAAGAAAAACGGCACUGCUGCCCUUAUCUGGAAUGAAAUAAUCCGGGAGAAAAUAACCAAUUUCAUCAUGAAUCAGAGCAAAGAACAGAGGAUUUUAAAUUUCGUGCUGCAGAAUGCAGUCCGAGGAGACCCCUGUAGUGUGAUGGACUCUAUAGAUAAGUACUGCUCCCAGAAGGAGUGGGCCAUGAAUGUGGGCAAUGAAAAAGGUUUAAUUCUAGACAAGACAGUGGAAGAAGUCAAUCCAUCAGUUGCACUGGAGCUGGGAACAUACUGUGGCUACUCAGCAGUUAGGAUUGCUCGGCUGCUGAAGGCAGGAGCUCGUCUUCUCACUGUGGAGUUCAACCCAGAAUUUGCUGCUAUAGCUAAACAGAUGAUUGAGUUUGCUGGAGUACAAGAUAAGGUAAAACUCCUAGAAGGCCCUUCGGAGGAAAUUAUCCCCCAGCUGAAGAAAAAAUAUGAAGUGGAUACUCUGGAUUUUGUCUUCCUGGACCACUGGAAAGAGAAAUACGCACCAGACACCAUCUUGCUUCAGGAAUGCAACUUGCUGAGGAAAGGCUCAGUUCUUCUGGCUGACAAUAUCAUCGUCCCAGGAGCUCCAGAAUUCCUUAAGUAUAUCCGCAACAACCCCCGUUUCCAAUGCACUAACUACCCAUCUCACCUGGAAUAUAUGAAAGUGGAAGAUGCUAUGGAAAAGGCUGUGUUUUUGGGAUAGAGCUAUUAAUACUCAACCUUUGUUUCAAAUUAUGUAAAUGCAACUACACAGG